UCUAUAUAAAUAUUCAUGGUUGCAAGCAUUUAGGACCAACACAAUUCAUUCACAUCCUCAAGCAAUAAGAAACUCAAAAGCUUGUAUCUUAUUUACAAGUCAUUUCUAAGACUAGUCUUUCAUCAACACAUACAAAAAUGGGUUUUCGUUUAGCUGGUAUCAGAAGAAAGCUAUCAUUUAAUUCAAACCAAGCAUCUUCAAAGGCUUUGGAAGUCCCAAAAGGCUAUCUUGCUGUCUAUGUUGGAGAGAAUAUGAAGCGGUUCGUGAUUCCCAUUUCGUAUUUGAACCAGACAUCAUUUCAAGAAUUACUAAGCCAAGCAGAAGAAGAAUUCGGAUAUGAUCAUCCAAUGGGUGGUCUCACUAUUCCAUGCAGUGAGGAAACCUUCUUGGACCUCACUUCUUGCUUCAACUGACUAUAAGUAAUUCCAAAGGAGACUGACAUAGAUUAGUUGAGAGACAAUUUUGUAGUGGAA